GGCUCUUUCCGGAGGUGAAACAAUAAAUGCUAAUGCCUCAAACACACAUAUUUUGUGUCCCUGACAGACUUCUUCGCCGCAGCAUAUCUGGCUGUUUAAACACGCCGAGCUGUAUGCCUACAAGGCCAACUCUGUGGCGUAAGAUGGAAUAGUGAUGUGAUGUGAUGUGUGUAGACUAUAGUUAUAAGAAGGUGAAUCAUGGCUUUGUUUCCGGCCAUUGUUGUCAAGGCGUUAAGGCAUUCAUCUUUUGUUCACAACAGAACACAUUCCAACAACGAUUCACAGCAAACAAUCAAGCACUAACAUUCAAGAGCAAGUCACACAAUUUGCUGACACCUGCCCUAUUUAAACCAACAUGGCUCUAUCAUUCGUUCCUCCUUCCCGAAACCAAAGCCACACUCGACACUCAUCCACCUUUAUUCACCAAACUAGGCAUUACAUUCCUCAAAUUGACUCCAGCAUCAGAAUGGAACGCUUGUGGCCAAAUCGACUGAGUCGUGCCUUGAGUGGCAGUGGAAGGAAGAGCCCGAAACCCGAGGGUUCGACGGAGCAGUCAACUAAACCCCCAGUUUCCCACAACCCUUUCCGUGGCUCAUCUGCUACACGACAGCCGAGAGAGCGUUCUCCUCCUCCGGCAUACACACCAACUGUUGCAGGACCUUCAGGACAAUCGUUAGGCGCAUCAUCAUCAUCAUCAUCAUGUCAUCAGAAACGUGCUCAUCCAGCGAUCUCGCGUGCAGAGGCCAGUACAGAAGAAGACAAAUACGCUUUCUUGUCAAAGUUUGACACUGUCUUUCUGAUCGAUGAUUCGUAUAGUAUGACUGGAGAUUCAUGGCGUGAGACCAAACAAGCUCUGGCCUCGAUGCUGCCCGUAAUUUUUUCUCACGAUCAGGAUGGACCCGACUUUUACUUCAUGAAUCAUAAAACCGAAGAUCUUGGAAGCUCGAGCGAGCCGUGGAAGGCGGGCACUGGCUAUCGAAAUGUCACACGUGCCGAGGGUAACAGAAUUCGCAACGAGCAGCUAACAGUCGAGGAGAUAUUCAAGAAGGUCCGUCCUAAUGGAACAACACCCACAGGCCAGCGACUGGGCGAUAUACUUCGAACGUACGUGAGGAAUUACGAGGCCAUGAUCCGCAAAACUCAGGACGAAACCUGCCUCAAACCCCUCAAUAUUAUCGUUAUCACUGACGGUGUGCCUGACGACGCGCCUGGCGCCAUCAUUCAGCAAUUUGCCAAGAAGCUCGACACACUGGAUGCUCCGCCCUAUCAGAUUGGCAUUCAAUUCUUCCAAGUGGGCAACGCGCCGGGGGCUGCAGAAGCCUUGCGCACACUCGAUGAUAAGCUCAACAAGGAUAAGAACCCGGAUGAGAAGGCUGAAGGUGCUGGUCGUCAAGGACUUGUACCCAGUAUUCGAGAUAUUGUUGACACUUCUACAUUCGACGAUAGGACCGGCGACGCAGUCCUUACGGCCGAUCUUAUUCUGAAGGUUCUGCUUGGUGCUGUGAACCCUCGUUUAGAUGCCCUCGACAGUAACCUACGAGAGUAAGUAACCUGCUCGAUCGGCCUCCUAAGGUUAUUGGCGGGAAUCGUCCUUGUAAAUUAUUCACUUUGUAAGGGCUGUGGUAGACGACGUCCAGGAUCUCAUCACGGAGAUUGACAGGUCAAUGGCCGAGCGGUGCCUUUUCAUUUUCGUCUUUCGUAAUUCUAUCAAACCUGGGUAGUAUUAGAAUCAUAGACACUCUAGAACAUAAUAAUGCAAAUCGCUGAA